UUGCUUCUCUCCAUUAGGCCACAUCACCAUGGCAGCCCCCGAGCUCUCCGUCCUCUCUAAUGUGCAGUUCACCGGAAUCAAAGAGCUAAAGGCAACACAAGAGAAGGAGCUGGAGGAAGCAGACAGGGUCCCGAAAGCGCACGACCUGCAGACUGCUGGCGCGCCUGAGGCCACGGGCAGCCAGGGGCCGCUGCAGGGCCUGCUGCUGGAAGGGGAGCUGGAGCUGGAACUGGUGGCAACCCCGGUCGAGGGUGACAAUCACAUCCUGACCCUGCAGACCGUGCACUUGGCUUCGGGAGAGCUGGGGCUGCUGAACACGGGCUGGCUGGACACAGAGCAUGUGCAGGAGGUGCAGGUGGAGGUGCAGGAGGCCGGGGCUGCGCUGCCGUCGCUACUGUGGCUGAGUGGGGACUCCCAGCAGAGCGUGCAGCAGUGCAUGGCCAUCGGUGUCCAGGAGGAGCUGUCCCCGCUGCAGGAGCUGGAGCUCGAGAAAGGUCAGGAGGAGGACCAGCUGGUGGCUGAAGGAGGAGGGGCUCAAAGAGCAGAAGGGCAGUUCUUUCUUGUGGAAGCGAGGCCUGGAGAUGAAGGAAGAGACGAAAUUAUUUUGACCAUUGCCACUUUAAGCGUGGAAGAACAGAAAGAAAAGUCUGCACUAGGUCAAGCAAAUAUUGAAAAACCCAGCUUUAUAAAAAGUCAAAGGAAAACAAAGGGAAAGAAACAAACCUUCCAGUGCAACCUCUGCUUGUUCACGUCUUCUAGAAUCUCAAGCUUUAAUCGCCAUAUGAAAAUUCACACCAGCGAGAAGCCCCACACGUGCCACCUUUGCCUGAAGACUUUCCGCACCAGCACGCUCCUCCGGAACCACAUCAACACCCACACAGGAACGAGACCAUAUAAGUGUGUGGACUGCGACAUGGCAUUUGUCACCAGUGGAGAGCUUGUCCGGCACAGGCGCUACAAGCACACUCACGAGAAGCCAUUCAAAUGCUCCAUGUGCAAGUAUGAGAGUGUGGAAGCCAGCAAGCUGAAGCGCCACGUCCUCUCACACACGGGUGAGCGUCCCUUCCAGUGCCUGCUCUGCAACUACGCCAGCACGGACACCCACAAGCUCAAGCGCCACAUGCUCACCCACUCAGGCGAGAAGCCAUAUGAGUGCCACAUCUGCCAUGCCCGGUUUACCCAGAGCGGGACCAUGAAGAUGCACAUGCUCCAGAAGCACAGUGAGAAUGUGCCCAAGUACCAGUGUCCUCAGUGUGCCACUGUCAUCGCAAGGAAGAGCGACCUGCGUGUGCACCUUCGGAACCUGCACACGUACCAAAGCACAGAGAUACAGUGCCGGUACUGCCCUGCCACCUUCCACGAGCGCUAUGCCCUCAUACAGCACCAGAAGACGCACAAGAAUGAGAAGAGGUUCAAGUGCGAACACUGCAACUACUCCUGCAAGCAGGAGCGGCACCUGGCUGUCCACGUCCGCACCCACACCACAGAGAAGCCCUUCACCUGCUCGGCCUGCCACAGGCACUUUCGACAGAAGCCGCUUCUGGACGCACAUGUCAAGAAAUAUCACGCUUUGGAUUUCAGCCCGCCAGUCCACGAGUGCCCCACGUGUGGCCAGGGCUUCUCCCGCUUGAGCAGCAUGCACAGACACUCGGAGAAGUGUCAGUCGGCCCAGGAGACCUCGGCUACUUCAGGAAAAGGAAGGCGGAUGGAGAGGAAACAGGAAGCCCCCGGAGACGCAGGGGAGGGUGACGAAGCCACCCUGAAGGAGGGACAGCUCCCGGGCGAAGCGGCUCCCAUUGACCAUGGAGAAGCCACAGCCGGAAGUGGGAUCCCAGAAGGAGACUUGAGCUGCGAGAUGAUCUUCAACAUGAUGGUUAAGUGACAGGGAUUCGUUUCAAUAGCCUUUAAUUCUUCAAACAAGUUACAAAAUAUUUUAGCUUCUUUGUAACAGGUUCAUGACAGUACCAGUCAUGGUUUUCCCAAAGUGUGCAGUAGUGUAUAGGAAGGAUCGUUUGCCCAUUGGAGGCUAGCUAGUUCCGAAAAAGAUUGCAGAUGUUGUAGAAAAGACUUCACACCUCACACCUAUGAAUUCAUUCACUUCAUACUGACAAAGGCGGCCCCAGUGAAUGGUGAUCAUUUUGGGUAGUAAUUAUUUCUAGAGCAGAUCAAACCGGCUGUGCUUCAGCAGACAGCCAGGGCUGGAAAACUUUUACUUUCAAUUAUACACACCUGAGACAUUUCUAAUACUUUGGUUUUUGUACAUUAAAAGACUAAUUUUAUUCCUUUUUCAUACAAAUGAAUUUUCCAUUAAAUUUAAAGCUACCAUAAAGCUUUUAAUUAGUUCUAAAUUCAAAUGAUUUUAAUGUUAUUUUUAAAACAGUAAAAGUGAAAAACUAGACUACGAAGUCAUGAGUUAUGUUUUUACUGUCAUGUAGGAGGAAGGUUCAACUUUGAUGUUGUAUUCUCUUUUAAUUGUGUUUUUGGCAGUUAAGAAAUUGCCCCUGGUUAUAUUCCAUUAUUUUUUAUUACUAUUUCAGUCUGUAACCCACUACCUUUUUUGUAUUUUUAAGAUAGUUGGCAAAGGGAGGAGAAACAUAAAGAUCUGAUAUUAAAAAUGAGUCCCUGGGAGGAAUAGGGACUCGGACCCCCAGCGGUACAGGACGUUCAGUUGGAUCCGACUCCCUGCAGGCAGCACGGGCAGAGCCUGCUUGUCACCUGAAAUCAACCAGGGCCAGUCUGCACAGAGCCAGGGGCCCCUCUCUGUUUACAACACUUUUGCUGUAAACCUUCUGACACCCCUGUAUUUCAAAAUUACCCUAAAUUCAAAUUCUUCACAUGUUGGUCUCUUGUUAAAAAUAUCCCAAGUUCAGAAACACUGUAUAAUGUGAACAUGUGGAAAUAAUUUCCCAGCCAAAAGGGCAUUGUGUAUUCUCUCUGUGCUCCAGAUUAAUUCACUUCAUAGCAUAAGACUUAAAUCCUGCGGUCUGGUGUAUGAUAUUGUUGUGACUGUCUGAAUUUUCGCGAUAGUUCCUUUUGUUGUUUAAAAAUGUUUUGCAUGACUCAAUAAAAUGAAAUGGCUUAAAA